UCGAGCACUUAGUUGGACGAGACGUUUUCCAUGGGUUUGAAAGGGCACACUCUUUCUUUCCGUUAUAGCUUGGAUGAAACACAUGCACAUACUGUAGUGGGCUUCGUGUAGGGAACCUCUUGGACUUCAAUCCCAGUUUAAAAUUGUUUGAUUUAACCUAUCAAUUAACCAUGGAUGCUACCAUUUACCAAAUCAUCUUUGGGGAGUUUGGAGACCCAAACUGCAGUGUGAUGGAUUCAUUUCAAGACAGUUUCUAUGAAAACGCAUCGUUCUCUUUGAUGGAUUUUGACGGUUUGUAUUGCAAUGCCACAACGGAUGAGAUUGGAACAUGUUGGCCAAAGAGCAACACCGGACGGAUGGUGGAGAGACCCUGUCCGGAGUACAUCAAUGGGGUGAAGUACAACACAACAAGGAGCGCAUACAGAGAAUGCAUCGAUAAUGGAACGUGGGCUCUGAAGAGCAACUACUCCAGUUGUGAACCUAUUUUGGAGGAGAAGAGGAAAUACCCAAUGCACUAUAAGAUUGCUCUGAUCAUCAACUACCUAGGCCACUGUAUUUCUGUGGGAGCUCUUGUCGUGGCCUUCGUUCUCUUCUUAUGCUUAAGGAGCAUAAGAUGCCUUCGAAACAUAAUCCACUGGAACUUGAUAACAACCUUCAUUUUGAGGAAUGUUAUGUGGUUCCUACUUCAGUUGAUUGACCACAAUAUACAUGAGAGCAAUGAGCCUUGGUGUCGCCUUAUAACAACGAUAUAUAACUAUUUUGUGGUGACCAAUUUUUUCUGGAUGUUUGUUGAAGGAUGCUACCUUCACACAGCCAUUGUGAUGACUUAUUCUACAGACAAGCUAAAAAAAUGGGUCUUCUUGUUCAUUGGCUGGUGCAUUCCAUGUCCUAUUAUUGUUGCUUGGGCCAUUGGGAAGCUUUAUAAUGAAAAUGAACAAUGCUGGUUUGGGAAAGAACCUGGAAAGUAUAUUGACUACAUUUAUCAAGGGCCGGUCAUCCUUGUGCUUUUGAUAAACUUCGUUUUCCUCUUCAACAUAGUAAGAAUCCUUAUGACCAAGUUGAGAGCUUCUACCACAUCAGAAACUAUACAGUACAGAAAAGCAGUAAAAGCGACAUUAGUGCUACUGCCUCUGCUGGGGAUCACCUACAUGCUGUUUUUUGUGAAUCCCGGAGAGGACGACAUCUCGCAAAUAGUUUUUAUUUAUUUCAAUUCAUUUCUACAAUCAUUUCAGGGGUUCUUUGUGUCAGUAUUCUACUGUUUUCUUAAUGGCGAGGUGCGCUCAGCAGCCAGGAAAAGAUGGCAUCGUUGGCAGGACAACCAUGCCCUGAGAGUGCGUGUGGCACGUGCCAUGUCCCUCCCCACCUCACCCACCAGGAUCAGCUUCCAUAGUAUAAAACAGACCACAGCCGUUUGACCAAAUCCAAAGGUCACCUUUGGAAAUGUCAUUUUUUUCUAGGGAAGAGACUUGUCUUGAAGCACCUCUCCAUAAAUGUUGUCUAUUUCCUUUAUUUCUUACCCCAGCUGCAUAAGGACAGAUAGAGAGGGCUUUGAGGAAGAGCCCAUUAGGAUUUCCGAAUUACAGUACUGUAACACAACCUCCUUGGACGUGUGGCAGAGAAGUAAAUUCAGAACAGAUGGGCAAUGCUGCCUCUCCAAAUUAACUUUGUGAAGUGAUUGCAGAGUCAGAGUCUUACUGGCAAUGCAUUAAUAGCUGUUUUCACACUGUAUUACAGCAGGUUGGAUUUUAAUAGGUCAGGAAUGUCGACCUGUCAAGGACCAAUCCUGACGAGGCAAAAAAAAAGCUGUGUUAAUGUCAAAAAAGACCCUAAUCACUCUCAGUACUCUACUAUACUUGUAGCAGCAUUUAUUUCCAUAACCUUUCAUUGUUUCAUGUCUAUGAGAGGGCAGGAAUGUGCAAUAAACAGAGCAGACACGGGUUGAAAAUGCGUUCUGUGUCUGUUGCAGACUGAGCUUGAGAUGCAAUGAGAUCGAUCAAAUGAUACUGUUAAUCACCAAGGUAAUAAGGAACGUGCAGACUCCAAGUGAUAUUGUUUGGUUUGUCGUCAGCACCACUUUUUUUGCGUUGUGAAAAUGUCACCCUAAGAGCUAUUCUAUUGUAUAAAUGUUUUCAGGCUCAUUUAUUUUAAGAUUGUUCCCUGCCAAUCAUUCUCAAAUGCCUUUGAGCAGCACAACAUCAAUGAUCUGUUUUUCUCUCUUCUGUAUAAAAAACCCUAAGGCAGCUCUUAUUUGGAUGAGUAAUCAUAAAUCAAAGAUAUCUUUCACUGGGUUUGAGUUCAGAUUAUAUCCAUUAUCUUAUUAUGUAAAUAAUGGAGAUGGGACUGUGAUUCUGAGACUUGCCAAGAGAAAUAGGAGAAAUAGGAGUAAAUUAAAGGUACAGUACAUUGUGCAUACAUGAAAUCCUUUUCACAUAGUUAUUUUUCUCUCUUUCAAAUCCCAAUGUGCUAUACUUAAUCAGUGUCAGUACUAAACUGUUGGGUCGAGGAGCCAGAGAGAGAUAGAGCCUGAUUAGUGAGAUCUUCAUUUGGCUUCCUUAAUGAUUUGCUCUGCUCAGGUCAACAUGCCAAGCUCUGCCCUGGUGACUGACCGACAAGCUGACCUGCACGGGUGUUAUCCUCAUCUCCCUCCAGGCCCCCCUGCAGUAUAAUACAAUUUCCAGACACAUAGGCAUGCCUUUCUAUUCAGGAAAAUAGAACAGUAGAACCCAUGCACCCAGGGAAUUAAGUUCUUAAAAUGCGGAAUUGUAGAAAUUAUGCAAUUAGAUGGGUAUUGAGUACAAGCUCACUUAUCUGGGGUAUUUGUUUAAUAUUAAUGCAUUGUAUAAAUCUAUGUAGGUUUAUAAGCAACCAUGUACGUCACAGUUGAGUUACUUUGAGAGUAAACAGCUCUCCCAAGUUGUGCAGCGGUCUAAGGCACUGCAUCACAGUGCUUGAAGCAUCACCACAGACCUGGGUUUAGUCCCAGGCUGUGUCCCAGCUGGCCGUGAUUCAGAGGAAACUUCACCCAUCUGGCGACCAAUGUCAGCUUGCAGGCACCCACUAACCCGGACGAUACUGGGCCGAUUGAGGCGGCACACAAUUGCCUAGUGUUGUCCGGGUUAGUGGAAUGUUUGGCUGGCAGGGAUUUCCUUGUCCCAUCGUGCUCUAGCGACUCCUUGUGGCAGGCCGGGUGCCUGCAAGCUGACAUUGGUUGCCAGCUGGAUGAUGUUUCCUCCGACUCAUUGGUGCAGCUGGCUUCCGGGUUAAGCAAACAGUGUGUCGAGAAGCAGUCCGGCUUGACAGGGUCAUGUUUCGGAGGAUGCAUGGCUCUCAACCUUCGCCUUUCCUGAGUCCGUAGGGGAGUUGCAGCGAUUGGACAAGACUGUAACCACCAAGAAGGGGUAAAAGU